UCUUCAACCUUCUUUCACUGGACGCCUCUCAUAAUUUUCAGAUAAAAGUUUGUGUUUUUUCAUUAAUUAUUGAAUUAUUGAAUUGAAGCAAAAUCAACAAUCAAUCUCGUUUUAGGACUCAUCGCUGAUUGUGGCUAAGAUAUAGACUAGUACUGCAUUGUAUUCAACACAUAUUGCCUCCAGAUGUCUAGGACUGUACAACGUUGAAAAUAAAUACGGCUCGUGAAGCUUUGCCAUUAAUUGCAUUCUAGAGUGGCAUAAGGAUUUUAUAGUAAUUCAAUCAAGUAAUACUGACCAAAGUUGCAAGUUUCAGAAGAACCAGUGUAGAGAAGAAACUUGGUGUAUUUCUUGGUGAGUACACUUGCCAGAAGUCGUAGAUGUGGGUAAUGUUUGUUUAUUAUGUGUUCAACUGCCUCAUGAUAAAUUCUUUUAUAUCUUACUUGAAUGUUAUUUAUGGAUGUCAAUUUGGAGACAUCAAUUUCUGGUAUAUCUAUCCCUUCAUUUGCUAGCACACAUGCAUAUCAGUGCACACUCCUAUAUUUGUUUAGGUUCUUGUCCCAAUGCAAAAUUGUAAAUUUUCUGAGAGGUUACUGGUUUGUGGGAAAUGGCAUGAAAAUAUAAUCAUGUAGGAAGCCGAAAUGAUUAUGCACUCUAUUUUCCAAGCAAGAAAAGGAAAAAAGGAGAUGGGAAAACGUUAGUCCUAUAGAAUAGAUGGCAGAGCUGAAUAGACUGAAUACUUUUGCUAAGAUAGACAAUAAUGCACUACAUAUAUAUUUCAGCAUGCAUGAGAGAACUUUCCGUAUUGGCUAGUGUCCUUCAAACACCGGAGAACGAAUCAAGUAGUUUUUCGUGUAAAUCGUACUACCCACUAGUACAUUUGACUUGCAUGGAUUGGUCGAUGAUCUUAUAUUCUAACUCAGUUGAGAUAUUGUGGAUGUACUAGCUUUGUUUCUGUUGCAGGUUCAAAAACUUUAAGACAUUGGUUAUGUUUAUCAUAUGGUGGCUUCCUUUUCUUACCUUCAGUUUAGAGAAUAUUACUGCCAAAGAUGCUAAGUUCUCUUGCUAAAGAACAGCAUACCGACUCUAUAGGUCAUGUAUUUUCCAGAACUUGGUUUGGAGACUGCAAAUCUAUAAGACACGUGGUACUGGACCUAUAGGUCUUGUAUUUUCCAGAACUUGGUUUGUUAUCUAGAUGUAGUUGUUAGAAGGAGUGGUUAAGUUAGUGAGUGCUCGCAGGUUUGGAACUCCAAAAUGUAUCAGAGGAAACAUAAAAGAGGUUGUUGGUAGCUGGCCUGGGAUCAUGAAUUGUCUGUGAGUUCUUAACAUGUAUAAGGAUUCAUGUGCCCUGCUAUUGUUUUUUUCUCUUCAGUGGAUGUGUUGUGAUAGCGAGUGUGUAAUAUAAUUAUUUUUCUGGAUUAUUAAUAUGAAAGAGAAUGUCUGUCAAUAGGUGGGUAGUGGUAUUUCUCUCAGCCGCGAACUUGUAUAAAGAUUCUUUCUCUGGGGCCUUCUUUCACCUUUCGUUAGCUACUUUAAACAAUUUCCAGCAGUGUUUUUUCUUUUGUCUGACUACGCCAUCCACCUCUAAUUAUAGACAGCAAAGGCCCCUAGUCAAAGUAUAAUAACACGGGGGUGCAAGGGUGGAAAUCCACUUAGAAAAGGAGCGACUCCCUUGCCUAAGCAAAGCUACUACUAGCAGCCCCUUUACUAGUAAGGGAAAGCAUAGCGCAUAAGAACCUCGGAUAGUGCAAGUCCACUCUCCUAGCACCAGCGGAAGAAUAAUGUAGAGUGAGAAAGCAUGCAGCUUUAUAAAUACUUAUGUUUGCUUCGCCUCGAAGUAAACUUGUUUGUUAUUCAUAAGUUCAUUAGUUUGCACAAUCUCGUUCAUGAUUUUUGUAUAACAUGAGGAGUCGGGGUCUUUAAAACAGUUUGCUUUCAGUCUGUCAUGUUACAAAAUGUCCUGUUUCAUUAUUGCUGUUGCAUUAAUCUGGCGGUUCCAUUGUUUUUAGUAACAAUUUAUAGUGUACGUAGAUGGCUAGUAGGAAACGAAGCAUCUCAAAUGAUGUAGAUAUGCAUGUCCUUUACAAGGAAUUGGAUGAAGCUUCAUGCCCUGUAUGCAUGGAUCAUCCACACAAUGCUGUUCUUCUCCUUUGUAGCUCUCAUGAUAAGGGAUGCCGGUCAUACAUUUGUGAUACAAGUUAUAGGCAUUCAAAUUGCCUGGAUCGUUUCAAAAAACUCAGAGCCGAAAAUAGGGACAGUCCUAUUAUGACACAGGGAAACCUGGACAUUGCUGUUGAGAACCCCGAUGAGCAGUUGAGAAAUUUAAGCGAUCGUUCUAUUGUUCAUGGAAAUAGUAACAGAGAUAAUCACAUGGUGAUCCAUGAAGGUACUGUACAAACUUCAGGUGCUGUAACUGUACGUGGAAGUAGUCAUGAAACAGCAAGUGCUGACUCAUCUGACUCAAAAUUGAAAUUGAAGUGUCCUAUGUGCCGUGGAGAUGUGUUAGGCUGGAAAGUAGUGGAAGAAGCCAGAAUGUAUCUGAAUUUGAAGCAUAGAAGUUGCUCUCAUGAGUCAUGCUCAUUCGUCGGUAACUACAGAGAAUUGCGCCGGCAUGCUAGGAGAGUUCACCCGACAGCACGCCCUGCUGAUAUUGACCCUUCCAGACAGCAAGCUUGGAGACGGCUUGAAAACCAAAGAGAGUAUGAUGACAUUGUCAGUGCUGUUCGCUCUGCCAUGCCUGGUGCCGUCGUGCUUGGAGAUUAUGUGAUUGAGAAUGGAGACAGGCUAUCCGGUGAAAGGGAACGAGGUGCAGGUGGAAACAGCAGGUGGUUGAGUACCUUCUUCUUGUUUCAGAUGAUUGGUUCAAUGGACCCAAUAUCUGAAGCAAGAGGUGGCAGGUCAAGAGCUUUGUCAAGGCACCGCCGGUCCACUGGACCUUUAUCUAGGCGCCGGUAUCUUUGGGGUGAAAACCUGCUAGGUCUACAAGAUGGUGACGAAGACGAAGAAGAUGAGCGUGAUCUUAACAUAUUGAGUGACAUGAGUGGUGACAUACCUACAAAUCCAAGAAGGCGUAGGCGCUUGAUGCGGUCGAGGUCAGAUGAAGAUCAGCAAUAAGACCCUACAACCUCUGCUCAUGGAAUUGAACUAAUGAAUCUUACAGGAAGUACCAUUUACUGUUGACACUGGAUCAAUUAGAAUUUUCUUGUGGUCCACUUUGCUACAGCAAGACAUAGUUCAAUUUAGAGACUUGUUAUGGACGAGCUUCAGAGACUGGAUAAGAAAUUAUCGAUAUGCCCGUCUUUGUGUGUUUGCCUGAAUAUGGAUUUUUUUUUUUGGUUUGGGGUGGGGGUGGGGGGUUUGUGUAUAAUAAUAAUUUGAACGUGAAAACAUGUUGCUGCAGUCGGUUUCCCUGUAAUUGUGGGUCGUAGCAUCAGAAAUGUAAAUUUCCGUUUGGUCUUUGAACUUCCUAACUCUGAAACAUUGUUCAACUUGUAUUCCAGCCUAUUGUAUUCUUAUCA